CACUCUCAACACUUCUAUAAACCUUUGUAGAAUUUCCUUCAUUCUUCACAACAACACUAGCUAGCUAUUAACACCAAAGAGAACAACAGCAAGAAACCUCAAAGCCCUCAUGGCCACCUCUGCUAUCCAACAAUCAGCAUUCACUGGUAAGACUGGUUUGAGACAAGGAAAUGAGUUCAUCAGGAGAGCUGGUAACUUUGGCCCAGCUCGCCUCACCAUGCGUCGUACUGUGAAGAGUGCUCCUGAAAGCAUUUGGUAUGGCCCUGACAGACCCAAGUACUUGGGUCCAUUCUCAGAACAAAUUCCAUCAUACCUGACUGGUGAAUUCCCUGGUGACUACGGAUGGGACACAGCUGGAUUAUCAGCUGACCCUGAAACUUUUGCAAAGAACCGUGAGCUUGAAGUAAUUCACAGCAGAUGGGCUAUGCUUGGAGCAUUGGGAUGUACCUUCCCUGAAAUCCUUGAAAAGAAUGGUGUUAAAUUCGGCGAGGCAGUCUGGUUUAAGGCUGGUGCCCAGAUCUUCUCUGAGGGUGGCCUUGACUAUUUGGGCAACCCAAACUUGAUCCAUGCUCAGAGCAUUCUUGCAAUCUGGGCUACUCAGGUUGUGCUCAUGGGAUUCGUUGAAGGUUACAGAAUUGGUGGAGGACCACUUGGUGAAGGAUUAGACCCACUUUACCCUGGCGGUGCCUUUGACCCUCUUGGUCUUGCUGAUGACCCUGAUGCAUUUGCAGAGUUGAAGGUGAAGGAACUCAAGAAUGGCCGAUUGGCUAUGUUCUCCAUGUUUGGUUUCUUUGUUCAAGCCAUUGUUACCGGCAAGGGACCUGUUCAGAACCUUUACGACCAUCUUGCUGACCCUGUCGCCAACAACGCAUGGGCAUAUGCUACUAACUUCGUCCCCGGACAAUAAGAAUGCCAAGAUAUGGCUGCCUCUUCAGCUGCAAUCUUCUGCUCUCAUUUGCAUUUGUGUUGAGUUUAACUUCUAUUUUCACCAAUGUAAUUACACAAGCAGAACCUGUAUGUGGCUGAUUAUAUGUUAGAAAUAUGGAUCCUAAGAAAUGUCAACUCUUGUGCAUGAAUUCAGAAUAUUGAUUGAGCUGUGUUA